AUGGUCAAAACACUUCCCUUCGGCGAUCUUCAGGUCCCUACGCCCGGAUUCGGUGCAAUGGGCCUUAGCUUUGGCUUGGGCAGCAAGCUAAGCUUAGAAGAAGCUGAGCCUGUUUUGCUGAAAGCAAUUGAGUUAGGAUGUACAUUCUGGGACACUGCUGUUGUCUAUGCGGCUGGUAUCAAUGAGAAACUUCUAGGUGACUUUAUCAGAAAGCACAACGUUCGCGAUAAGGUGUUUAUCGCAUCGAAGUGUGGAUUUGACGUUUUUGGAGAAUCGGGAGGGGGUGUCACCAACUCUGCCUCGCAUAUCAAGGAGUACAUUGAGGGCACGAUCGAGCGACUUGGUUUCGCUCCUGACCUAUACUACUUGCAUCGAAUUGACCCGAAUACACCUCUUACAGAAUCCAUUCCGGCGCUAGAUGAGAUUCGAAAAGCCGGCAAGACCAAGUACAUUGGGCUCUCGGAAUGCUCAGCUAAAACCCUGCGGACGGCUAAUACAAUCGCAAAAAUUGAUGCGAUCCAAGCCGAGUAUUCGGCAUUCGAAACACUGCAUGAGACAGAUGGGCUCAUCGAUACCGCCAAAGAGUUGGGUGUCGCAUAUGUCGCCUAUAGCCCGCUAGGACACGGCUGGCUCGUGGACGAAUUCGAUUAUGAAUCACCUGACGACUUUGCCCCUGAUGAUUUCCGUCGUGGCUCUCCCAAGUUCCAAGGCGAGAAUUUCUACCAGAACAAGAAAAUUGUCGAGGAAAUCAAGAAGCUCGCGACUCGCAAGGGGUGCAAGAUCAGCCAAAUCGCAAUUGCCUGGGUUGUUAGCCAGGGAUUGAUCCCUAUCCCUGGAACCACGAAGCCAAGCCGCCUUGAAGAAAACUGGAAGUCUCGAGAUAUUGAAAUAACCGAGGAAGAAGCGCAAGACAUGCGUCGCAUCAUUGAUGCUGGCAAGCCACAUGGAAACAGGUAUAGUGCCGUCCAUCAAGCCAUGGUUGGCCACUAG